AUGGAAGUGUUUAGCUCUGAGAGAAAGAUUAAGCAUUACAGCAGUUAUCAUAAGAUACUCUUCGUGGGAGAAGGUGACUUCUCUUUUUCUGUUUGCUUAGCCAGAGCUUUUGGCUUGGCUAUCAACAUGGUUGCGACUUCUCUUGACUCCAGAGAGUAUUUGAUGCUGAAGUAUUCAGAAGCUAUAAACAAUGUGGAGGAAUUAGAGGCCAGGGGAUGCAUAGUAUUGCAUAAGGUAGAUGUCAACAGAAUGAGCCAACACCCUUUGUUGAUUGGUUUACGCUUUGAUCGCAUAAUCUAUAAUUUUCCUCACGCUGGUUACGUGCACGGUCCCUUUUCUUCUGAACGGUUCCAAAUUUGGUUUCAUCAGGAUUUGGUGAGGCGAUUCUUCAAGAAUGCACACGAAAUGCUGACUGUGGUAGGAGAGAUUCAUGUAACACACAAGACAACAUUUCCUUUCAGUGAAUGGAAAAUAGUGGAGUUAGCACAAGAGGUUGGGUUACGCCUGGUUGAUGAAGAACAGUUCUCACUGUGGGAUUAUCCAGGUUAUGAAAAUAGAAGAGGAGUUGGGAUGUGUGAUGAAACUUUUCCUGUUGGAAUGUCAAGCACCUUCAUAUUUGCCAAGCGCUCUGCUGCCAGUUUCCACCCCGGUGCUUUGUGCAUUAGUUUAUGGUCAGCUGACAUAGUAGAUAUGGCUUGCACUUAUUUAGAAAGCUUGGAGAGGAAGAAGCCAAAGCAUGGCCACAAGAAUUUGAGAUCUCCAUCUCGACCCAGAAAAAAGAACAAGAAAUUGAGAUCUCCAUAUCAUUAUUAA